UCUACAGAAAAAAUGUUACAGUUUACUAAAAGAUUGACGAAGGUAAUAAUUAUAAUUUUGAUCUUGACUAUACUGUUGUCCUACGCUGUUGGCCAAGAGAACUGUUGGCCAGACAAGUAAACUACCCAGUUUUUAUUUAUACCGGCACAUCCUGCGAUCAUUAAUCUGCCUAUAAUCAAAAUCUGUCCAGAAAGUGAAUGAUUGCAUUCAUAUGGAGUAUGCCGAGCUACUUUGAGAUAAAAGUCAUUGCGCGUUAUGGAUGCAUCAGUGCAAGUGGUAAUUGCACGUUUAUUUUGGUAGGGACAAAUCUAUUUUAUUAGAUAAUCGUGAUUCGUUAUGGGUUUGGAAAUCAAGGCGUUCAGAUUAAUUUACUGAUAACGUGAUUAUUGAUUUGUACGUCAUUAUUGGUAUUUCAUGCAGUUUCAGCGUGAACGUAUAGAGACGCGGAGAGCCAUUUAUACGAUAUAAUUAACAGGAAUGCGUAAUUAGGGUCAGACGUGCGAAAUAUUUAUAUAUCGAAAAACCAACGGAUGUCCUUUUCCUGUAAAAAAAUAUCUAGGUCCAGUGACGUCCAUGAAAACUACUAGAAAUUUCAUAAAUUUAAAUUAAGUUGCUAGAAAUAACAGAAGUAUUUUCUUGAGAGAAAGAAAUAUUUACAUCUUCAUUAUCAAUUCCAAGAAUAUGUGGAAAUCGAGCUUCGCGCAGAAGCUGAUUGCGGUUUCCAAAGGGAUAUGUGGUUUUUAUGUAAUAUAAACCAUGCUUCCUAACGAAAUUCCGUAGUCGUGAAUUUGUAGACGAGAUGAACAGAAUGAGUGAUACUAGGUGCAUAUUAAAAUUGAAAGAAUCCCUGUGGCUCUUCGUUUUCAUUCUGUCGAUUUCUGUGACACUCGCGACGACCAAUUCGCUGGAUCACAAAAAGGACGACCCAAUUUAUUUUUUGGAAUCCGAAGAUAAGAAUGAGAACGUCCCGAUUGGAUGGAAUGUGCUAAUUUACGCGAUAGUAAACGACAAUAAAAUUUCGGACCCGCCACUGAGAUUUAAUGAGGAAGAAGAAGCAGAGAAGAAAAAUUUAAAUGAAGACAGAUAUCGGUAUUAUGCUCGAUACAAACCAGAUGCUGUGAUUUACAUAGAUGGCAAUAAAGUUCAACCUUCUCACGAAUCGAACAAAGAAAAUUCUGAUUUCGAUUCCACUUCUAAUUCAAAGUACGACAAGUCUAUUCCUUCUAUUGGCGGAAGAAAUAUUUUUACCAUACCAUUAAUGUGUCCACCUGGCCAACGACUAGAUCGAAAUAAACGCUGUCGAAUGAGAUUAUGAUUUGCAUCAUGGCAUCGUUUACAUGUGACCUACCGGUUAAACAUAUAACACACAUUAUGGACAAGACUAGAAUUUAAUCGUGUAAUUUGAUAAUUCACGGCUUUAUUGUACCAUUGUACCUAAAUAAAACACGUUCAACGACAUAAUUGUAUCAUGUAUACACGUGAAUUAUAAAUUAAUAAAAAUAUAAAUUUAUUGUCACUGUUCCGAAUGCAUUCUGCUAUCCUACUUCCUCAACUUGAUCCUCUAUACUUGAGUCACAAGACAUAUGUACAUAUCUAUAGUGUGCACUUAAGCACCUUAUCAUGAGUCAUCGGCAAGGAAAAUGCAUGAUUUGAACAUGACACUGAUAAUAAUGCCAGUUGCAUAAAACUUUAAUAUAUAAUAUAAUAUGUAAUCUUCGCAUCAGGUCAUUUUAUUUCGGUGGUUAAUAGUGAAUGGAAAUUCAAGAUGGCGUCAAUACGAACAGGGUAAAAAAUUCGUCGUAAGGCUUCAUCUCGAGAAAAAAUGAAUACCUUACGCCAUAGCGAGUGGCGUAAUGGAAUAAAAUUCUAAUAACCUGACUAGGAGGAAACACGUUAUAGAAAGAGUAUCGUUAUGAACGUGAAUUAUACUUUAGUACUAAGAGCUUAGCAAGCUGGACAAGCCUGUGAUAACGCAGUGCUUAUCGUGGUUUUAUCGUUGGUUUAUUAUCAUUAAUAUUCAAGAGAAAUCUGCAUAUCGUACCGGCAUAGAAAUAACAUGGCUGAUCCAACAAUACAGACGUUUUGUUGUCAUCAUAACAAUACAACAGACAUGGCAGUAGUAAUAAUGCAAGAAUUCAAUACUGACGUUUAUAAUACUGUGUGCAUGUUAUCAUCCACUAUGGGCAUUAUCGGUGCUAUUUAUCAGGUGCUGCCUAGAGAGGAAUCCAAUUAUCCUCAUCGAUGGCACAGUUUUUCCUCAGCAAGGGGUCGAGAUAUUAUUAUUUGGCUAGCUGUGGCUGAUCUGUUUGCCUCUCUAGGAGUAUUCAUUAGGUCAGCGUUGUGGAUGAAUUUUAAAACUAUUAUGCCAAUGGAUGAUGAUACCUCCAGUGUAGUAUUCUGUGCCUUGUCAUCGGCUUGGACACAAUAUUUUUACAUGGCAACAUGGAUCUGGACAUUGUGCUAUGCUGUUGAUAUGAAAUUAUUACUUGGUGAACGUUCUGGACACCCAACAUUUUAUCAUGCAUUAGCAUGGAUAUGUCCAGCCAUUCUGACCACAUUUGGUCUCUCUAUUUUAUACAUUCCAGAUGCGAACUGCCACAACUUGACGUCGCUGUCAACCGCAGUUUUUCGAAUUUUACCUAAUUACUGCGCUACUUAUGUACUCCUAGCGGUGGUCAUGCUAGUCAAUCCAGCACUCUAUGUAUCUUCCACUAAGGAUCUUAAAACGGCUGUGACAUGUAGCUUGGCGCAAGUGACAGGUCGAGAACGAAAGCUAGUACAAACGAUAAGACUAAAAUUUGCCUUAACUAACUUAGUCUAUUACAUCUGUUGGAUACCGAAUUUGAUUAACGGAAUAUUACUAUGGACACUUUGGUUCCAAUUGCCAGUAAAAGUUAUUAUCACACUCUGGUACAUCAUGGCCGUUACGAAUCCGCUGCAAGCCUUCUUUAAUGCCCUGGUAUAUCAGAGAUGGGGUCGCAAAGAGAAGUUUCGUUUAGGUUGGUGCCAGAGGUUCGUACAGCUUGGCAAAACUCAAAAUGACAAAUUGGAAGAUAGUAAUACGGACUUAACGGAAACGUCACCAUUAUUGUACACCCGAUAUGGCCACACACCACAUACCAGCAUUAACGGCUCCUCAUCCUUAUAAAGACUGUGAUACUAAUAAUAACUCGCUUAUGUUUUUACUUGCGACAGCCUCAGGCUCAAUAUUGUUUACGUUCACGAAAACUGCCACAACAAGAAGAGAUUCCAUUUCAUAAUAGUUCUCCUUAUAAAAUCGAAAACUUAUGAACAAUAUUUUAAUAUCAUUAUACAGCUUAUACAUAGCUGUUAUCGUUUACAAUAGUUAAGUGCUUUGCCAAUUGCUUUUACGCUUCAACACUUGACAUAUGCCUUAUGCAUGAAUAAUACUUUUAUCGAAGAACUUUUGGGCGCGAGAUUACCACAAUACACUGCUAGCAUAUGAUCGAAUUAAUAUAAUAACACGCAAUACGUACAGGUACAUAUUUUUUAUUUUUCGCAUUUAAUAAAGAACGUCGUAUACACAUAUAUACACUCUAAACGUUGUUGCAUCAGUAUAAUAUUUUUUUUACACUUACACGGCUACUAACUUACUUGACUGUUUACAUCUAUAUCGAGCACAGGGAUUCAUGUGUUCAUUCUUUUUAAAUACAAUUGAAUUCCCCAAACGCGGGGUACGAUUCGAGUGUCGUAUAACUAAUAGGGCAGCUAUUUUUGAUCGCUUAAUCUCAAUUUUCAAAUCCUAUUAAAAUUUGACUUAUUAAAUUUCGGAAUUAUUAGCACCAUUAGCAAAACCUGAGUUCCGAAAAUAAUUUUUACAAAAUAUUCUCUAAUCGAAUAUGAAUCACCCGAGACAAUAUAUCUAUAUUAUAUCUCGAACUUAUUAAAUUCCUUUUCAAAUCGAACUCGGCCAAUUUUGAAGCCUUUAACACCAUGGUGUUUUUUUUUGUAUUAACAAGAACGUUUUUAUACAAUAGAAAAAAUUUCUAUCACUACAUCAUCUAGUCUCGGUAUAACACUGUGGAACCAUACGUGAAAAUAUUUUGUAUUUAUAUAUUCGGAUUGACAUGAGCGUGGACACGAAUUCUUAUACGUGCGAAGCACCGUGGAUAUUAUGAACGUUAUUUAAAAACGUCUUUAAGAGGUUAAAUAAAAAUUAUUAAUUAAAAUAUCGGAAGAGAACGAAUCACUGUAUUGGGGGACGAGGAAAUUUACUACGCGAAAACUUAAAUUAAAAAAUGACUAUUAUGCCAGAUCUAUUUUUCCAGCGAAUGGAGCUAGUGCAAUUAUUUUUGUUUCCUUUCUUUUUUAUUAAUUUGUUAUCGAAUGCUUUCCAUGUCCAUUUUUAGUAUUUAAAAUGCCAGCGACAAGUACAUCAUUUCAUAUGUUCGCAUUUCCGUAUUGUAAUUUUACAAGUAAAUUACUAAAAACAUAAGAAAGAAUAAUUCUUAAAAAUGAACAUGGGUGCCAGCUAUACGAAUAAAUUCAUUAAUAUUGUAAAACUGGUGUCAUUUAAUCUCUUGUAUGGUUUGUCUCUGAGUGAUAAUUCUACACAGAGAAGUAAAAUAAUUUUAACAAAAGAGAAUUAUCAGUCAAGGGCACCCGUUGCUUUUGUAUUACGUUAAUAAAAGUAAAACGAACAAAAAAA